GCUCCAGUUACCCGACUGUUACUUAUCAGUGAAGAAGCCUUAGAAAAAUUUGUAUUUAUUAUGAGUACUUCUUAACGUCCCAUCAAUAUACGAAGUCGACUUUCCCUAUAAUACAGUGUUGAUCAAACAAUCAUUAAAUCAAUUGAAAUUGAGUAAUUUGUAACGCGCUUCUUCAAGUGUAAUCCUUUUAUCUCAAUACGUCAGUUUUUCGUCUCGAAUGUCARAUAAUUUCCCCUUGCACAAUCGUUGUUCAGUCGCUAUCAUAUCGAGACGAGUUAACCCACGUGCACGUCUUCUACAUUUUGUAUUUGCUUGUUCUCGUUUUGAGAAUGCAGAAAUUUGUCAACAAAAGAUAUUAUAAGGUAAUUAUAUUGAGAUCAAAUCUUUUGUCUAUGAUCAAGUUUUGYAAUUCUUCUAAACAAAACUCUUACUAUGUUUCAGCCUCAUCGUCAUUUAGUCAAUCAUAAGAUUGACUAUCUAAAGCUAGGUACAAAAUUUGCAUGGCUUUACAAUGAAAAUGAAAAGCCAUCAAUAACAAAUAUAAGGGAGGGUUCAUUUACCGCUYAGCAAGAGAGKACUUUGGCUCAAACCCUUCGAGUCGUCAAGCUAAAGCCACGUACAAUGCGUGGACUAAGAACAUUGGCGGGGCUAAAUCCUACGCUGAGAACCUACGGCAGAAAACUCGUAACAUCCACAAGGAAAAUCGCGUCUGGAAACMGUUUUUUGUAGAAGGCGUCAUAUCAUUACUAAAAGUCCAUUCAUUUUCUAUCGACAAAGACUCUGGAUUAACUGUGAAUUAAUUAAAGUGGAAUUAUUCAUCUUCGUCAAGAAUCAUACCAAGUUAAUUCUGGACCAGCUAGACACUAGACAUGAAUCAAACUACAGGACCUUCAUUACCUCGUCCUACUGAGAGAUAUUUCGCCGUUUGUGUAACGGCAAUAUUGAUACCAUUGAUUCUGGUUGGUAACAUCCUUGUUAUCAUAUCUUACAAGAUAAACCGUCGACUUAGAACACGAACCAAUACAUUUCUCAUAAGCCUCGCCGUCUCAGACAUGAUUGUUGGUGGAGUGAAUUUACCAAUGUGGGUUUUCUGUAUGGUUAAAUACACUAAUUGCAUGUCAUCACCCUAUUAUAACAUGGUGUUCAAAUUCUUGGAUCGAUUUGGCGCGUUUGCGUCUAUUUUUCAUCUAACCUCCAUCAGCGUUGAACGAUACAUUGCUGUGGUACGACCUUACUUGUUUCAUCGUUUGCCUGAGAGAUUCUUCUUUGGUGCGUCAGCAUUUGCUUGGACUAUUGCAAUGGUGCUUGCAUCACUGUCGUGGCUUGGAAAUUCCCAUACGAUUCGCUACAAUACGGCGGUUUUCGCUAUUGGGUUUGUACUUCCUGCUACAAUCGUUCUUUCAAUGUACGUUGGGAUAUUUAGAUCCGCUAGGGCACUGCUCARGAGGACACCGUCAUUCAGUGGGGAUAGAAACCACAAUGCUAAUAUAAUCCGUGAAGACCAUAAAGUUGCUGUAACCGUUGCUGUUAUCAGUGGACUAUUUAUCAUUGCCUGGCUACCAUUUUUUCUUUUGUCAAUCAUUGUUUCAUACUGUCCUCAUUCAACGGUGCCAUGCCUCCCUACAACUCAAGCUGAUAUUUUCCGACUGGUAUCGGCAGUAAAAUGGCUGCAUUACAGUAACAGCAGUGUGAAUCCUAUAGUUUAUGCCUUUCGAGACGAAGAAUGGAAAAAAACCUUCAAGAAAAUCAUAUUUCGGCUUGGAAAAAAGGGUGAUUUGCUGCGAACGCUGGGAAAUUCUGUUUCAUAUGCCUCUCCUUCGGCAAAUAAAACACAUGCAGUGGUCUAUUUGUGAUCUGCAUCUAUAUGUUAUUCGGUAUACUACGUAAACAGCUGUAAAAGAUGCUUUAAAGCUGUAUGAACGAAUAUAACAUACUCGACUCCAAGCCAGUUGCACUGGCAUCCCAUAAUUUUUACACUGGAAGACUAGGAGGAUUUAAGAUGGAGACUGCUAUAAAGUCACUGAAAAACACAUGGCGAUCAAAGAUUUCGCAGCAUAAAUCAUUUAUAUAAUUCACGAACUUAGUUGUCAGAAUAUUAAUCAUGCAACAGUAGUCUAUUGCGCUCAUGAUAUACGAGUACCAUCAUGAUAUCCGUCGAGGAUUGUUGACUUGGAAAAAAAAAUCGAUCAAACUGAACACCAUAAGUUAGGGUUCAGCACGUUUUUUUAUAAUACUGAUAUGUACAAGAGAUUUGUAAAAAAUAUUAGUAAGCUUUUUUUGAUGUUAAUUAUACAAGAAAGAAGCUAAAACGCUGUCUUAAUAUUAGGUAAAAAUAAAAGUUUGUUUACAAAUACUUAGCGAAUCAUAAAGAUACUAAAUGAAAUGCCUAGAAUGAUUAUUCAACACAGUGUUUGUUAUGAAUUCAUUGGUAAUCGGAGGAAAUGAAGCACGGUAUGUAUGUUGUAACUCCAGAAAAAGAAGAAAAAGAAGAAGAAAAAGAAGAAGAAGAAGAAGAAGAAGAAGAAGACUGGCACACUGAAUAAUAACGCGUGGCAGCUGCCUGGCUGACUUAUACAUGGAAUUAUAUUAUAGCUUCUUAUACUAUUCUACAAGAAUUUUGUAUGGUUCUCACUGCAAUACUUGUUUCAAAUACACGCAGUUGUAUUUGCGGUUUUAAAAGUAUAUUUUCGUCUCUAAAAUUUAACUUAAGUCCGAAAUUUCAAAGUCCGUUCACUGGUAACUUUUCCGGUUACUUGAAGCUUGAAUCUAUCUAACCAUGAAGACACGAAAUGUCAUAUGUUAGAAAAUAAUUAUUAUGUUCAAACUAAGACAUAUCCAUUCUUCUUUUCGUGGGCAAAUCAUUCUGAAACAAUCCCGGGCAAACAGAUUGGAAAAACCGAAAGUCGAAGUUUAAAACUUUCCAUCUAUAGAAUAUUCGUAAGCAAUUCAUCCCAGCAAAAAAAAAAAAAAAAAAAA